GUAGCCUCACGAGUCCGGAAGUGCCUCCGGAGCAGCUCCCCUUCGCGGCGCCCUACCUCCCCAACACCGCUGGCCAGCCCGGCGUGAAGACGGCCUCUGCGUAACCCGAGUCCCAGCAGCGCAGGUGACCGCCAAGAAGAUCCCAAGACUAAGUGGUACCCACCGCAACCCCGCUACGGCGGGCCCCCGCCCCCACCCCGCAGAGCAGACCCGCCUUCCAGCCGCGUGCCGUCAGCCUUCCGCGCCUGCGCAGACUCUGGCCGCUGCGUACGCCUAAAGCCACGCCCUACGCGUUGGGCCACGCCCUCGGAGACUCCUCCCCGGCGCCUGGAUCCCACCCCUUCAGACCGCAGGACCUCGAACCCCAAUGAUCCUGCAGCAGCCCCUGGAGCGAGGCCCCCAGGGUCGGGCCCAGCGCGACCCGCGGGCCACCUCGGGAGUGCCCCGAGGCCUGGACGCGAGCUCCCCUCUCCGAGGAGCUGUGCCCAUGAGCACCAAGCGGCGCCUGGAGGCGGAGCAGGAGCCCCUGCGCAAGCAGUUCCUGUCUGAGGAGAACAUGGCCACCCAUUUUUCUCAGCUGAGCUUGCACAAUGACCACCCGUACUGCAGCCCCCCCAUGGCUCUCUCCCCAGCUCUGCCCCCACUCAGAACCUCUUGCCCCGAGCUGCUUCUCUGGCGCUACCCUGGGAACCUGAUCCCCGAGGCACUCCGGCUGCUGAGGCGGGGGGACACCCCCACCCCCCACUCCCCUGCAACCUCAGCCGUGGACAUAAUGGAGCUCUGAGUGCUGGCGGACAGUGCCCCUGCCCUCCUUCCUUCCUCACAACAGGGAAGACCAGCAUGCCCACAGAGGGACCAGCUACCCUGCUUUUCCUCCAGACCAGGCCUCUGGGCACCAGGACCUUCUCUCAACAGGACAUUGAGCCCCCCAGAGUCCUGGGGUGGGAGGGGCAGGAGCAUGGGAAGGGAGACCCCCCCCCAAGAACCGAAUAAAGAUUGAUGAGCAAA